AUGGCCAUUAUCAAACCAGCUCCCAUUCCGUCUCGCAAAUUUGUGAUUGAUUGCACCAAGCCCGUUAACGAUGGUGUUUUUGAUGUUGCUUUAUUCGAAAAGUUUCUCCAUGACCGCAUUAAGGUGCACGGAAAAACAGGAAAUCUUGACCAUAUCGUCAAUGUUUCUCGCUCUGGAGCCGUUGUGACCAUCAGCGUACAGAACAUCGAGUUUUCCAAGCGCUACCUCAAAUAUCUGUCAAAAAAAUUCCUGAAAAAGAAUUCCCUCAAGGAUUGGCUUCGUGUAGUUUCUCUUGACAAGGCUACCUACCAGCUGAGAUACUACAACAUCAAUGCUGAUGCUGCAGAGGAGUCUUCUGAUGAAGAAUAG